AUGGCGAAGGCUGUGUUGUUCCUGGCCUGGCUUGCUGUGGCUUCAGCGCUUCCAACCCAGGACCCGGUGCUCCGCAAGUUGGACCCCGGCCCUCGCUACCAGCACGUGAGCGACGGAGACGGCAACAUACACUUGGUGGACUUGUGGGAGCGGGCCAGCGAUAUACGCGAGGCGGCCCGAUACAACCCUGAUUCACAGAACAUCUACCAUCUCUUCACCAGGUUGAACCCCACAGUGAGCCAGCCGAUGCUGAUCGGCAACAGCGGUCUCCUCGGCCUCACCAACUACAACCCGCGGCGACGGUCUGUCAUCCUCAUCCAUGGCUGGAACAGCGGAACCACUUCAGACUUCAACACCGUGCUCAUACCAGCAUUCCUGCAAGCCGAGGACCUGAACGUCAUCAUGGUGGACUGGACGGCUGGAUCCAACACCAUCAACUACGCCGCUGCUGUCACCAACACCAAGACUGCAGGCGAAGGCAUCGCUCGCUUCAUCGACUGGCUGAACCGCGAGUCGGGGGCGUCCCCCACCCACUACCACAUCGUGGGGCACAGCCUGGGGGCUCACAUGGCGGGCAUCAUCGGACGGAAUGUCAACGGACGGAUCGCCUACUUGACGGCGUUGGAGCCAGCGCUCCCCGGCUUCGUCACGAACGACGACAAGCUCCGCGCCGACGACGGCGCCUACACGGAGGUGAUCCACACCAACGCCGGCAACCUCGGCUACAUGAGCACGCUCGGCCACGUGGACUUCUACCCCAACGGCGGGUACAACAUGCUGGGCUGUGACAGCAUCGCUUGCGAUCAUGCUAGGUCAUACUUCUACCUCGGCGAGUCACUAACCUCCGGCGGGUUCACAGGGCGCCGCUGCGCCACCUAUGUCGGCGCCAUGUCGGGCAACUGUCUUCUUUUCGGGACCCUGCAGAUGGGAGGACUCGUGCCCAAGACCGGCCAAUCCGGAAUCUACUGGAUGGAGACUAAUGCUCAACCGCCGUUCUCAAGAGGCUGACUUAUCACAUAACAGUCUAGGCGUCUUCAAAAUGAACAAAGCACAAAAACGACAGUGGGACAUCAUAUGAAUGAAAAUAAAUAAGUUAUUCUGAUUAA